UACUCGCUGAAGUACGGAACAGUUUGUCCCGUCACCGGCGUUUUAUUUAGCAGUAGAAGGUCGUCAGGAGCUGGGCGUAUUUUAACAACAAAACCAUAUCUAUCAAGUCGGAAGCCGAUGAAAGGAUCUGAAUUUAGUGCAGAUUUUGUGCCGCAGACACAGGGUGAUGUGUGUGUAAGUGAAAGUGAAAAAGGACAGCAACGCGGCCUCACGUCGCGUUUUAUCGGGGCUGUUAUGAAACCUCGUUAGCCUCGUUAGCCGCUGACUACCGUCGUUUGUCGCCGCAGUUCGGUUGGGAGCUUUGAAAAGUGGCCGGCGACGCGGGCAGUUGGUCGUCGGUGUAGCUAACCGCUCUGACGUAAGAGACUGCGGGGCCGGAACUUCGAUUCUCUGUGUUUCUGUUGGGACCUGAACCUGCCCGGGGCUCGGCUUCUCAGCGCCAGGAUCACCGUUGUUCGCACGGAGAGUGGCCGGGUUGAUGGCAGCCACAGCCGGUGCCCGGAGGUUACCCAUGGGUGUGCGGACGUUCAGUGACUUUCUUCAGAUCGCCACCGUGGGCUCCCCUCGCUCCUGUCGUUCGGCUUUACAAAGAGGAUGUUUGAGACAAAACAUCAGACACCUGUCUUCAUGUGGCAUUUUGAUGACCAGAAGUCCCAAGGUGCUUUGCCUUCAAGAGUGGGACACGAUGACGACUGUCCCCCAGAGCAGAAACUUCAUCAGCCUCACUAACAAAAGGAAGGAGUACUCAGAGCGUCGAAUACUUGGUUAUUCCAUGCAGGAAAUGUAUGAUGUGGUGGCCAACGUCGACGACUACAAGCACUUUGUGCCUUGGUGUAAGAAGUCCCAGACCAUCAUGAAGAGGGCAGGUCACUCGAAAGCCCAGCUGGAAGUGGGAUUCCCCCUGGUGGAGCGAUACACAUCCAUGAUCACUAGUGUCAGACCUCAUCUAGUCAAAGCUGUGUGUACAGAUGGAAAACUGUUCAAUCACUUGGAGACGAUAUGGCGCUUUAGUCCUGGCAUUCCCGGUUACCCUCGCACCUGCACUGUAGACUUUUCUAUAUCCUUUGAGUUCCGGUCUUUGCUCCACUCCCAGCUAGCCACCAUGUUCUUCGACGAAGUCGUAAAGCAGAACGUCGCCGCGUUUGAGCGGCGAGCCUGUAAGAUUUUCGGCCCAGAGACUCGAAUCCCGCGAGAGCUGAUGUUUCACGAAGUGCACCAGACGUGAUCUCGGCGGCCGCGCGCAUCCUUCCUGGUCCGGCCUUAAACCACACCGACGUUCAGCCCUGUUGCACUCUGACCUGCAUGACCCGCCCUGCGUUCACCUGUAUAGACACUGCAGCCGCAAUGGACCCAUAACUCUUCGUGUCGGAAAUCCCACCUCAAGUUUUCUCUCCUUCAGUCUGUCUGCUGUCCGUCUACCUCCAGCUUAGUUUUUUUUUUUUUUAGCAGAACCCACCGUUGCACUAGCUUCAUGCAGUUACAGCUGUAUUUAUGUUAACAGUAAAUCAUUAAAACACCAUGUUACCAGUGUAACAUUGACUUUUAAUUCAAAACUUUUUUCUUUUUUUUGUGCAACACAUCUGUGCUUAAGUUUCAUGCGCCCAAAUAAUCUGAAGAAACUGAACACAUCAUGAAAAGCUCAGCUGAUCACACUAUAUUCUAUGAAAGCACAUUCUUUGCCUUUACUUUGACCAUUUGUCCCCCCUGCAAAUGGAGAUUUCAAUAUAUUCAUCAGAAAGUAGUGCUGUGGCUUCAAAUUGUUAUGUUUUUUAUUUAUUUUGCAGUAGGUGUUUUGUUUUUUUGGGAGGGCGCAUUCAAUACUGUUCCAUGCGUCGUCACAGGAACAGUAUUAAAGUGAAAUAUGCUUCAUUAGUAGCCGACUGUCACAAUCAAACGGGUUUGGGGAAAAUUUGCUUUUGCCUAUAGCUGCUGUGCUGUGAGGAUUGUAUCAGGACUUCGCCUCUUAUUUUAUAUUAUGCCUUAUUUAAAAAUACUGCUGUAGAAAACAGCAGCUUAAGAUGGUGGGAGUUGAACUUUGCACAAAAUAACUGAAUUAAGUUGUAGAAAUGCUGGAGUGUACUGUAAAAGUGUUCAUGAGAAAAAAUUUUAAAAAAGAAAACUGCAACUAUAUUUGCCAAAUUUUAUUUUAUAGAAUUAUAUAAAAGUUAAAGGAUGGAAAAUGAAAAUGCCAUUUCAUGCUAUCACAUCUUGUGGUGCUUUUUUUUUUUUUUUAAAUUGAAGUAAAAUGACGCUAAAAAUGAAAACGUUGCACAGACAGAAAAUGUUUCCCUCGUUAUUAGACUAUUGUAUUUGUCCAUCUUCUGGAGGUGAUUAGGACCAUGAUAUUUUAUUUAAUCUUCAUUCUUAUUUUGAAACAUGCUGGUGAACUGUAGAAUAAAAUGCUGCAAAACCA